UUCAUAUUCAUCAACGGGUCUUUCACCGUUGCUUGGUCGUGAUAACCACAAAUGAAGUUGCUUGCUUAAUUUGGAAAAGCAGCUUUCUAAAAGCCAGCAUUAUAUUUUUGGAUUACACUUUCGGUUUUACGCUAUACAUCUAACAAAGUUUCACUGAUCGAGCAAGAACAAUGGGAGAUGUCUCAGCAGACAGCAUUACUAUCGAGAUGCUCAGAGAGGCAUGUGGGACUGUCAGAUGCAGUCCGCUGGAUGUGAUCAACACACCAAUGAUCCCAUGGUCCCAAACCACACUUCCACUCAACAACCCCUGCAACAUUCACAUCAAACUGGAAAACAUGCAGAGGACCGGUUCAUUUAAGAUAAGAGGUGUUGCAAACCAGUUUGCCCGGAGACUCAAAGGGGGCCAUUUUGUGACCAUGUCUGCUGGGAAUUAUGGAAAGUCUUUUGCAUAUGCAUGUAAGCAUUAUGGAUCCAAAGGCAAAGUGGUGAUGCCAGAAACAGCCCCCAUCUCCAGAUCUGUUCUGAUACAAAGUUUGGGAGUUGAGGUUGAAAGAGCGCCAACUCCUCGUCUCAUGGAUGUUGUUAACCGAAGUGUUCAAGAGGACAGCAUGACUUUCCUACAUUCCUAUGAUGAUCCGGAUCUUAUCGCUGGACAUGCCAGGUUAAGUACAUGUCUGGGAUAGAUCACCCAAAGCAAGGAUAUUCUGUCAUUAUUUACUCACCCUCAUGUCGUUCCAAUCCUGCAUGACUUUUCUUUAGUUGAACACAACAGGAGAUAUUUUGAAGAAUGUUCACAUGAUUUUGCUCAUAUAAUGAAAGUGAAUUGUGACUGUUAAGCUCCUAAAAGAACAUAAAGCACUUUAAAGGCAUCAUAAAUGUAGUACACAUUUUCUUGCAAACACAUACAGCUUUGAAUA